AUGUCGGUGCAGACACAACACUCGCUUACCAUUAGGCAAAUUCUUGAGGAAAUGACGGUUACCUACAACCUUGACGUCUCUCAGACAUCAAUAGUCUCAUUUCUAAGAUUACAAUUUCGAUGGCGUGGCUCGAUAUGGAAAUCAGUAUUAAAGAUCAAAAUUAAUAUUAAAAACACUGCCGUUGAAUAA